AGAGUCCCCUAUGCAGAAUUUCACCAGGUCUUUGGCUUCCCACACAGAUCAACAGCAACUCUCCAAAACAAACACCUUCUCUUCUACGAACUGAGGAGUUCCUCAGGCAGAGUAGUCCAAAAAGGCCACGCUACAAACUGCACCGAGCAAGACAACCAUCCAGAAUCUCUGCUGUUUGAGGCGGGUGGUUAUCUGGAUGCAGUCACAGGUACCCACCAAAACAUCAGAUGCAUCAUCCUCUACUCCAAGUACUCACCCUGUAACGAGGCUUACCGCUGCUGCCCAAGUAAAAUCUACCAUUUCUUGCUGAAGCACCCACAAAUCACACUCUGCAUCUAUUUCUCUCAGCUCUAUCACACCGAGGACAGUUUCCCCACCGCCGCGUGGAACCGCGAGGCUUUGCGGAGCCUCUCCAGCCUGUGGCCUCGGGUGACCCUGCAGGGACUGCCUGGGGGGACACGGCGCUACCUCCUCUAUAAUUUUGUGUCCGGCAUCCCAGGGUCAACCCUCUGUCACCCAACCCCACCGUCAAGAACCUUAGCAGAUGGGCAAAAUCCACAUCAAAUUAACACCUUAACGGGAAGGAAGCUGUAUUUUGG